AUGUCGCAGUCCGACGAUGUCCUUGGCCGCGACUCCCAGUCGCAGCGUCAGGGCUACAUGCAGAAGAAGCUCGAGGUUCAUCUCAGUGACUUAUCAACGGAGCUCAUGGCCCUGAAAGAGUGCUUGGUUUUUAGCUUAGAUCCAGCGCUGGAGCAAUGGAUAACAUGGAUGCUCUCCUUUGAUGUAGAGCUCAUCCAAAGCUCUUACAAUUUGCCUUUGACAUCCUUUGACACCCUUUGA